AUGGGGCGUCAUUUUGAAACUAUGUUGUUGGCAAGUCCACGUGUCCAUAUCAUGUGCGUUAACAUUCUUUCUCACUCGGCCUUAAGACUGGAUAGUGACUUCUAUCCUCACCGAUUAAUCCAUACUUCCUUAUCUAUCUAUCUAUCUAUCUAUCUAUCUAUCUAUCUAUCUAUCUAUCAGUCUGCUGGGAUCUAUCUAUCUCAGUCUGUCUCUCUCUGUCUCUCUCUCCCUCUCUCUCUGUCUCUCUCUAUCUAUCAGUCUACUGGGAUAUAUCUCAGCCUGUCUGUCUGUCUGUCUGUCUGUCUGUCUCUCUCUCUCUCUCUCUCUAUCUAUCUAUCUAUCUAUCUAUCUAUCUAUCAGUCUGCUGGGAUCUAUCUCAGUCUAUCUAUCUAUCUAUCUAUCUAUCUAUCACACUAUCUUUCCCUUUCGCUCACUCUCUAUCUCUUUCUAAAUCUCUUUCUUUCUCUUGCUCUCUUUCAUCCUCUCUCUCUCUCUCUCUAUCUAUCUAUCUAUCUAUCUAUCUCUCUUGAUAUAUAUGCAUGCGUACAUCGACCCCCCAAAUAUCAUGGGAUAGGUAUUGAUUAUCGUGUAGGAUACCAUCUAUCCCUUCAAAAUUCUACACAUGAUCGGUCGAAAUACUUCUGUAGAGAUGUGUGA